AUGUCGUGGAGAAUUGUAGGCGUGUGUAAUGGACGUUGUGAGAUUGUAGACGUGUGUAAUGGACGUUGUGAGAUUGUAGACGUGUGUAAUGAACGUUUUGAGAUUGUAGACGUGUGCCAUGAACGCUGUGAGAUUGCAGACGUGUACAAUGGACGUUGUGAGAUUGUAGAAGUGUGGUUUGUAGACGUGCGUAAUGGAUGUUGUGAGAUUGUAAACGUGUGUAAUGAACGUUGUGAGAUUGUAGACGUGUGUAAUGGACGUCGUGAGAUUAUAGACGUGUGUAAUGGACGCUGUGAGUUUGUAGACGUGUGUUGUAGACGCUGUGAGUUUGUAGACGUGUGUAAUGGGCGCUGUGAGUUUGUAGACGUGUGUAAUGGACGUUGUGAGUUUGUAGACGUGUGUAAUAGUCGCUGUGAGUUUAUAUACGUGUGUAAUGGACGUUGUGAGUUUGUAGACGUGUGUAAUGGACGCUGUGAUUUUGUAGACAUGUGUAAUGAACGUUGUGAGAUUGUAGACGUGUGUAAUGGACGUCGUGAGAUUAUAGACGUGUGUAAUGGACGCUGUGAGUUUGUAGACGUGUGUUGUAGACGCUGUGAGUUUGUAGACGUGUGUAAUGGGCGCUGUGAGUUUGUAGACGUUUGUAAUGUACGUUGUGAGUUUGUAGACGUGUGUAAUAGUCGCUGUGAGUUUAUAUACGUGUGUAAUGGACGUUGUGAGUUUGUAGACGUGUGUAAUGGACGCUGUGAUUUUGUAGACAUGUGGAAUGAACGUUGUGAGAUUGUAGACGUGUGUAAUCGAGGCUAUGAGAUUGUAGACGUGUGUAAUGGACGUUGUGAGAUUGUAUACGUGUGUAAUGGACGUCGUGAGAUUAUAGACGUGUGUAAUGGACGCUGUGAGAUUGUAGACGUGUGUUGUAGACGCUGUGAGUUUGUAGACGUGUGUAAUGGACGCUACAUGUGGAAUGAACGUUGUGAGAUUGUAGACGUGUGUAAUCGAGGCUGCGAGAUUGUAGACGUGUGUAAUGGACGUUGUGAGAUUGUAUACGUGUGUAAUGAACGUUGUGAGGUUGUAGACUUGUUUAAUGGACGCUGUGAGAUUGUAGACUUGUGUAAUGGACGUUGUGAGUUUGUAGACGUGUGUAAUGGACGUUACGUGUGUAAUGAACGUUGUGAGAUUGUAGAAGUGUGUAAUGAACGUUGUGAGAUUGUAGACGUGUGUAAUGGACAUCGUGAGAUUGUAGACGUGUGUAAUGGUCGCUGUGAGUUUGUAGACGUGUGUAAUGGACGCUGUGAGUUUGUAGACGUGUGUAAUGGACGCUGUGAGUUUGUAGACGUGUGUAAUGGACGCUACUUGUUUAAUGGACGCUGUGAGAUUGUAGACUUGUGUAAUGGACUAUGUGAGUUUGUAGACGUGUGUAAUGGACGUUGUGAGAUUGUGGACGUGUGUAAUGGACGUUUUGAGAUUGUAGACUUGUGUAAUGGACGCUGUGAGUUUGUAGACGUGUGUAAUGGACGUUGUAAGAUUGUAGACGUGUGUAAAUGA